AUGGAAAAUAAUAAUUAUUACCCAAAUGAAAACAAUAUGAAUAAUACCAUAAAUUACAUUGGUAAUAAUAUUAAUAAUAAUAUAAAUAAUAAUAUAAAUAAUUUAAGUUAUGACAAUACUAUUUAUUUACAACAACAACAACAACAACAACAACAACAACAACAACAACAACAACUAUUACAACACCAAACAUUAAUAUUACAACAACAAUAUUAUCAACAACAAUACAAUCAACAGCUACUACUACAACAACAACAGCAGCUGCAGCUACAACAGCAACAACCAGAUCAAAUUCAAAAUGAUAUACCAUUUGCAUGGUUUUCAAAUGUACAACAAUUUUCCGAUAUAACACCAGAGAUACCAUUUCCUAAUUUUAGAUCAGAUUCAUCAAUUAAUUUAGUAAAUUCCGAAAGCUUUACCAAUACAGUAUCACUUUUAAAUUCUCAACGUAUAAUUCAACAACAAUCACCAAUUAAAGAUCUUAAUAAUGACAAUAAUAAUAAUAAUAAUAAUAAUAGCAAUAUUAUUCAAAACUCACCACAAUAUAUUAAAACCAUUAAUCAAAUGAUCAAAAAUACAAGUGUUUCACAUAUUAAAAUGAGAUCUGAUAUUCCCAAAAUUCCAACUGAUCCAUCACCAUUAUUAAAAGCAAUCUAUACCCAAGUACCAAUAUUAAAUGAAAAAGAUAAAAGAGUAUUAUCACCUAUUAAUAAUCAAAUAAACCAACCAAUCAAUAACAAUAGCAAUAGAAAUACCAACAAAUAUAACUAUAUAAAUAUUAAUAAUAAAGAAAAUGAAUUUAUCAAUUCAAAAGAUCAACACCAAACCAUUGAACACAACCAAAAUAAUAAUGUGAUUCCACCACAACAAAAACAAAAGAAAAAAGCUUUAAAAGUAACUGAUAAAAAUUUAGAUCCACAACAACAAUCGAUCGAAAUACAAGAAAAUAUUACACCAAUUCAAAAACUAUUUAAUUUAAUUUUACAAUUUUUUGAAACUGUAAAAGAUGACAAAGAACAUGCCGUUAUAAACUCUGCAUUUUUAGAAAAUAUCGGAAAAGAAAUUCAAACCUGCUCAAAAAAUGGUAUAUUAAAGGAUAUUGCACUAGAAAAAUACGCUCAGUUAAUUCAAUACUUAAUCCGUUUUUCAAAAGAAUCAAACAACAUCUCUUUGUCUUAUAGCGAAAAAGAUCAAGAUCUUCCACUUCAAUUUCAAAAGGUUGAAUUCUCUUUAGAAUGUUGUUUACUAUCUUUUAAUUUAUUAACUAUGCCAGAAAUUAGAGACCAACUAUCCGAACUACUAGAAGAUCAACUAAUCGAAAUUUUAUCAUGUAUUAAAUAUCAUACAUUUGAAAAUAUCAUUGGCCAUAUAGAUCCAUCAUUCAAAAACUAUAAAGCUCCCCCACCAGAAAAUGAUGAUAGUAACAAUAAAAAAAAGAAAUUAAAGAAAAAUAAGAAAUUAAAAAAAGAUGAUGGUACUGAAAGUAAUGACGAAAUUGGUGAAAAACAAGGCAGUGAAGAUGAUGAAGACGAUAGUGAAGAAGAUGACAAUGAUGAUGGAGAACUAUUUGAUGAUGAGGAUGAAUUCAAUGAUGAUAGUGAAUUUGACGAUGAAGACGAUGAAGAUGAAAGUAAUAAUGAAACUGGUAGUGAUGGAGAAGGAAAGAAGAAAAAGAAAAAAUCAUCCAAUAAAAAGAGAUCCAUAAAGAAAUCAAACUAUAUACCAAAAAAGAAAAGUAAAAUGAGCAAAUUUACAAUUCUUUCAAAUAAGCUUUCAGAAAUUUUAGAAAAGAUAUCAUGGCUAAUAGAAAAGAUCCCAAUUACCUUAUCAGAAUCUUUCAUCUCUCUAUUAAUAGACUUAACAAUUCCAACAUUAUUUAUUAAUGGUAUCAAUUUUAUUCAAUUGUCUGUUGUCAACGUAAUCAGAAAUAUUUUUAUUAGAUACCCAGACCAAAGACAAUCAAUUAUUGAUGAAAUUUUACCAAAUCUAUCAAAACCAAUUUUAAACUCCAAAAAAAUACACCGUUUUUAUAAAAUUUCAAAAGAUAAAUCCAUUCAAAAUAUAUCCGCUUUGUUAAUUCAAAUGGUUCAAGGUUCAAUUUCUAAGCCAUCCGAAGAUUCUCUUGCCGAACAUUGUGAAGACUCAUCAUUCUCUUUAAAAGAUGCCCAAAAAUACUCUACAAAUAUAAUUUUAUUCUUUAUCGAAAAGUGUUCAGAAAAAACAGAAGAUGGUGAAUAUCGUAUCCUCUUAGAAAACUUCAUUCAAGAUUUAAUUACUGUAUUAAACUUACCGGAAUGGCCUGCUUCAAAUCUAAUUCUUCAUUUGUUUAGUGCAACUGUAAUGCAUAUCGUAUCUCAGCAAAAGGUUGAUAGUAACUUUAGAUUAAUUUCAAUAGACUUAUUGGGCUCCAUUUUAACAAAACUAAAACAAGAAAUUAUUUAUUCAAAAGAAGAAGUUCCAUUAAACAUUUCAACUACUUUUAGCGAAAACAAGGUACAUUGUAUUUGUAAGAAAUAUGACUGUAACUCAAACUCUACCACAAUUAAAUGUUUUGAAUGUAAUAAUAUUUUUCAUGAUAUAUGUUCAAUUAGUUUUGAACAAACAAUAAAUAAACAACAACAAAAUCAGCAACAACAAAAAUAUAACUAUUAUCAACAACAACAACAACAGCAAAUAGAAAAUCAACAAUGGAUAUGUAUUGGUUGUCAAGUAAAAGAGCAAAUUAUCUCCUAUUCAAACUCAAUGUCAAUCUUACCAACAUUAGAAGAAAAAGCAUUACUAAAGAAUUCAAAGAAGAAAUCAAAGAAAUCUAUUGAAAAUGAUGAUGAUAGCAGUCCAAAUUGUGACGAUCCAUUAAAUCUAAAGAAUUUAAAGCUUUCCGAAAAAGAUAUUUAUCAACAAUUGGUUUUAAACUAUUUACAAUCUGAAUCAAAUAAUGAAAGUUGGGUAAAUACAUCAAAGAAAUUUUUAAUAAGUUCAUUUUUAGAUAAUACAAUUUCAGGUCCAACCACCAAAGAAAAUUUUUCAACUAAAAAAUAUUUUCUAUCGCAGUGGGCCAAAUUAAAAACAUCAACACCAACAAUAACAUCAGCAUCAACAUCAAUAGUUAAUACUGCUACAUUAAACAAUGACAUUCAAAAAUCAUUUAUUCCAAGCCAUGAAGAUGCAAUUAAAUUAUUAAGAAGGGUCAAUGUUACAAGUGGUACCGUUUAUCAAAUUUCAAACCAAUUACUUUAUCAUUUACUUUCAAUUUUAUUUGAUCCAUCAACUAAAGCUCGUGCUAAAGCUAUGAAAUCAUUUUCUACCAUUGUCGAAGUUGAUCCAUCAAUUCUAGCUGAUGAAAAGGUACACUCUGCCAUUAAGAAUCGUUUUAUUGAUGAAUCCAUUUCAGUUAGAGAACAUACUGUUGAUUUAAUAGGCAAAUAUAUUUUCAUCAAACCAGAACUCACAUGGAGAUAUAUAGAUUCUAUUUGUGAACUUAUUGCAGACAAAGGUAUCAGUGUUAGAAAACGUGUUGUUAAAACAUUAAACGAAAUUUGUAUUCAUCAUAUGCAACACCCAAAAAUUCCAUUUAUUUGCCGUGUAUUAGUAACAAGAGUCUCUGAUGAAGAAGCAAUUAAAGAUUUGGUAUUAAAAACUUUUCAAGAUUUAUGGUUUAGCGAGAAAUUUUACGAAACCAAUGAUCAUCUAUCAUCAUCAAAUAAUCCAGAAGUUAUUAAAGUUAAACAAAUUAUAGAGGUAUCAAAACAACUAGAUAAAGAUGAUUGGUUUAUUGAUUUAAUUCAAAAGAUGCUAAAUAAAUCAACUAGUGGUACAAUUAAAAAGGGUGACUCCAAAAAGAAAUUAGGAAAAGAACAUGAUGAAAUAGUUAAAAUGUCAAAUAAGAUUUGCUCAACUCUAAUCGAAAUGUUGGUUAGUUUAGAUGAAAAGAAAUCUAAAAAUACAUUAGAAUAUACUGGUAUUUUUAAAACUUUAAAUAUUUUUUGUAAAGUUAAUCCGCAAUUCCUUCGACCAUUUGCUUCAUUUUUACAUCCUUAUUUAAAAACAAAUAAUGACCAAAUUAUAAAAUAUGAAGAAUCAGAUAAUUUUAUUUUUAUUACAAAUAUUUUAGAAAAAACUUUACCACUAUUAGAAAACUGUGAUUUAAAUUUUUUACGUCAAUUAGAAGAUGAUUUAAUUUUACUAAUAAGCAAACAAGGCUCAUCAAUUAUUCAAUCAAGUGUCAAAUGUUUAUGCAAAGUGGUUGAGCAUUGUAGUUAUAACUAUGAUAUGAUUAAAGAACAAAUAUCAAAGUAUAUUUAUAUACUCCAAACUUGCCAAACUAAAACAAAAAAUGAAAUUCUCCGUGCUCUCUAUACUGUAGGUCUAAUGAUGCGUCAUUUUAAUUUCGAAAAGUAUGGUAUCUCUAGUGAGACUUUAAAAAUCAACUUUAAGCCUCGUAAUGUCAUCAACUCUUUAGUGCCAUUAAUCACACGUUUAUUCACAUAUGCCAAAGAUAAAGAUGUAAUUUCCAAAUCAUUAGAAUCAAUUGGUAAUAUUAUUAUUUCAACUCCAAGAAUUUUAAACAAAGAUCUCAUCAAAGACGUUUUAGUUAAAUCCUUUUCACCAUCUCAAGCCGAGCCAAAAAUUAAAGAGACUGUAAUGAAUUUAUUUUAUAAUCUAUUAGAAAGAGAAAUGAAAAAAUUAAAGAAAUUUUCACCAAAUAAAAAAGAUGAUAAAAAAUCAAACUCUACAAAAAAGAAAUCAACAAAGAAGCAGCAACAAAAGCAACAACAAUCAGAUGAAAGUUCAAACGAGAGUGGUACUGAUAACGAAAAUAAUGAUCAAGAUGAUAGCGAAAGUGAUGAAAAAUCGCCAAUUAAAAAAGAAAUUAUUUCGAUGAAUGUAGACGAAGACUCUGAAUCAUUGGUAACCUCCGUUCAAAAAUAUUUCCCAUCAAUGAUCAAAUAUUUAUUAGAACCAGAAGAAUCUGUUAGAUUAGCCUCAAUUUCAACCAUUGAACUAGUUAUCAGACAAGGAAUUUUAAAUCCUUUAGAUAGUGUACCAUACAUUAUUGCUUUAUUAACAGAUCCAAACCAGCGUAUUGCCGAUUUGGCCUAUUCAACUUUAGAAUCAUUAAAUCAAAAGCAUACCUCAUCAUUAUUUAAAAGAGUUAAUGAAUCUAUAAAAUUAACAUUUAAAUUUCAUCAAGGUUUACCAAAUUCAAAUUUAACUACAAAUAAACAUAAUAAUAAUGUUAUUAAAGGAAUUUCUAAAUUUUAUUUAUUAUUUAAAAAUUCAAAAUCAAAUAGAACAAGUUUCCUUACAUCAAUUUCAUCAAACUUUGAUACACUAAAAGACUAUAGAUACAAAGAAUUGGCUUACUUUAAAUUUAUCUUUGAGAUUUUAGCAACAUUGCCAUAUGGUAAUAUGGACGAAGUUAUUGUUGUUAUCAAUACAAUUGACAAAAUCGUAUCUUUAAAUGCCAAUUUCAUCCUCACCAAACUUCAAUCAUGGUUUAACAAUUUAAAUAAAGAAGAAGAAUCAUCCAGCUCUAAAAAGAAAUCAACGUCCACUACCUCUGCCACAGGUAGUUCCGAGCAAAAAGCAUUAUACAAAAACUUUGUUAUGACGAUGGUUAUAAGCUAUAUGUUGCAAUUAAAGAAAUUUAUUUUGAAGACAUAUUCAAUUACAAAAGAAAGAAUGAAGUCCUAUUUAGAAAGCGAAUCUAAAGACUCUGAUAAAUUAGUUACCACUUUUAACGAAUCAAUUACUCUCACCGAAUCAAACUAUCCCCUAUCCCCACUUCCACUAGAAUCUGAUCUUCAAUCAAAUACAACUAUUCAAAAAUCAAUUUUUACAGACUUCAAAUCACUGUUAAAAGAUGAUGAUAUGGACGAAUUUUCAAUCAAAACAAAAACCAAAUCUGAUGAAUCAGGUGCAGCUUCAAAGAAAAGAAAACCACGCGAACCAAAAGAACCAAAACCAAGCAAACCUGCUGCUAAAACAAAUAGGAAAAAGAAAAACAAAGUUUCUUCAGAAGAAGAAUAA